GAAGUUUUUAUAAUUUUUUCACGUUAUUUCUCAUUUCCCAAUUUCUCAUUUCUGUGAUUCUGUGAUUCUGUGAUUUUGUGUCCUGUGUCCAAGUGACUCUAGUAGUUAGAGGUUAUGUUUUAUAUUUAAAAUAUUUAUUUGUUUUGAUUGUUUUGUUUAUAUUUUGUGGAAGUGUUUCUGGAAUAAUUAUAUUUUUAUGGACAGGUUUUCAAAUGAUGUAAACUGUUCUCCACCAACUACAAAAGUACAAAAUUUGGAAAAUAUGUCAUUCUUGGGCUCCCCUUAUUCCAAUUCCUACAAAGAUUAUGAUGAUUAUGAAGGUGAAGAUGAUGAGGAAACAGAAGAACCUCAUGAUGAAAGUGAUGAAGAUACAGAAGAUGCUAGUGAAACGGAUACAGGUAGACAACAUGAGCCACUGGAAAUAAAAGAACAAAUGUAUCAAGAUAAACUAGCUAAUUUGAAGAAAAAACUCCAGCAACUCAAAGAUGGUACUCAUCAUGAGUAUAACAAAAAAGUAAAACCUGUAAUGACUCGGAAGUUGCGUAGGCGACCAAAUGAUCCGAUGCCUCUCCCAGAGAAACGAAGAAAAGCUCCUGCAGCACAGAUUACGUAUUUGCUGGAAGAAAAAGAUGUAGAAAAUGAUCUUCGGAUAAUCAAUAAAGGGAACGUCCCAACACCUGUUCGUAAACAGAGUGAAAAUUCUUCUUCCUCCAGUCCUGCACAUGUACAGGGGAUAUCUAUUCAACAAGUGACUGAAGUUCCUCUGAUAGAAACCAAAAUUGAAGAUGGAAAGUUAUUAUAUGAGAAACGCUGGUACCACCGGGGUCAAUCAGUCUUUGUUGAAGGUCGUGAUAUGCCCAAAUUUCCCGCCAAUAUAUCUGCUAUUGGAAAUGAUGCAAUUUGGGUGAAGAAAUCCGAUGGAGCAAAAAUGCCUCGGCACUAUCGAAAAAAGUUUGGACCCCGUGGGAAGAAGAAUUAUUAUGAAAAAUUCCUCCAGAGGGCAGUGGCGGCGGUGAAAGACAAAAAGAUAUCGAUGAAGGCUGCCGCUGAACGAUUUGCCAUCCCUUACUCGACCAUCAAUGACCAUUAUCACGGACGACAUCCGCUCAAGUAUGGAAGACCAUCCGCUCUAGACGAAAACGGAGAAAAAAUGUUAGCUGGAGGCCUGCAACUUUGGGCUUUCCCUUGA